CAGCUUUGAAAUUCCCCCUGAAAACUCAUUGGGUUUCCCAUCACUGGAUAAAUAAACCCUACCAGCAGCCUGCCCUGAAUCAACACACACAUUUUCUCAUUAAAAAAAAAAUUUUAAAACUUUAUUCUUUUCAUCAUCAACACACACAGAUGUAUAUAUAUAUAUAUUACCCUACCUCUCUUCAUGUCCCACCACCACCACUACCACCAUCACUGGCACAAAAAUCCUCCAUUACCCAGUUUUUCUCUUUUUAGAUCUUAAGGUUUAUCUCCUCUCCAUUUCAGUAUCAGUCUCAAUCACCACCCACAAGUUUUAAGUCUUUUUUUUAGCUAUUCAAGUCAUGAAAUUCCCAUUUCUUUUACCAAUCAGCUCAUCCAACUUUCAUUCCCAUCUGCAAUUACUAUUUCACUUCCUUGUAGCACCUCCUAUUUUUCCAUCUUUCUUCUAGCUAUUUUUUGGGUACUAAAUUUUUCUUAUAAAUAUUGAGAGUGUAGUGAUAUUUAUGUUCAAGUUGGAAAGUUUCUGCUUUUAGUCAAUCAGUGUUAUUGUUCUUGAAAAUUUAUAAACUUACCCAUCAAUGUCCUAGUCCACUUUCUUGAUUUCUCUGAUCUUUUAUCACACUUGGGUGCCAAAAAUUCUUGAAUGUGAAGAUGGAUCUGAUUGGGGUAUCCACAGAGUCUGCACAUCCGGUGGUAGUGGUGGUCGGAUUUAGAGAUACCCACUAAUCAGGCUGCCGAUUUCAUUGCGCCAAUGAAAAGGUCAGUCCAUCCACUCUUUAGCAUUCUGUUUCUGAUUGUGUUUGCUAUUACCAUCAGCUGCCGGAUACUAAUCCGCCGUGGCGGCGGCGCUGGCUUCUUCAGCUCAAUCGAGCUCGAAUCCAAUGUAAUAGUCCAACCUCCUCCAAUCCCAGUUUUCAAUACUACACUGCUAAAAUAUGCAGCCAUUGAUAUAGGUGAAGCUCAAGCAAGACAAGAAAUAGAACAGUUGCUAGAAGGUAACUUUGCUAGUAAAGGGAGGUAUAGAACUUUUGCUACUUGGAGAAGGUUCAAUCACCAUGAUAGCAGAGCUAGCUCUUCCAGGGGCAUUCCUGUAAUGCUCAAGUCACCUCAGUUUUAUCGUUAUUGGUUAGAUUUUAGGAGGGUAUUACAUGAUUGGGCUAGAGCCAAGAGGUAUCAACCUGAUAUAAUUAAUGAAUUGAUAGGGCUGGUGAAGAAUCCAAUUGAUGUGCAUAAUGGAUUGAUGGGUUCAAACAAGAAGUAUAGUUCUUGUGCUGUGGUGGGGAAUAGUGGGAUUCUGUUGCAAAAAGAUUAUGGAGAGUUAAUUGAUGGUCAUGAGGUUGUAAUCAGAUUGAACAAUGCCAGGACAGAGAGAUUUGAGCAACAUGUUGGGUCUAAAACUAAUAUUUCCUUUGUAAAUAGCAAUAUUUUGCAUCUUUGUGCCAUGAGACAGGGAUGUUUUUGUCACCCAUAUGGGGCUAAUGUCCCCAUGGUUAUGUAUGUUUGUCAACCAGUGCAUUUCUUGGACUAUACCAUUUGCAAUUUGUCUCAUAAAGCACCUUUGAUUGUCACUGAUCCGCGUUUCGAUAUGUUGUGUGCAAGGAUUGUGAAAUAUUACUCCUUGAAACGGUUUGUCAAGGAGACAGGGAAGUCACUGGAUGAAUGGAACUCUGCACAUGAUGGUUUCAUGUUUCAUUACUCUUCUGGGUUCCAAGCUGUUAUGUUAGCAGCAGGGAUUUGUGACAAAGUGAGUGUUUUUGGAUUUGGAAAAUCCACUUUGGCUAAGCACCAUUAUCAUACUAAUCAGAAGGAUGAGCUUAAGCUGCAUGAUUAUGAAGCGGAGUUUGAUUUUUAUCAUGAUCUGGUGAACUCUCCACAGUUAAUACCAUUCAUUUCGGACAAAUUCAAGUUUCCUCCUGUGGUAAUUUAUCAAUGAAUUUUUCCAGUUGGAUAUUUUGUUUAGGCUUAAAUCUUUGAGUUGUUGUAAUUGUUAUCAUUUCCUCAAGACAGUUGAAACAAAUACAGUUGAAGAUUUCAGUUUCAUAUUUUGAUUCUGUACCAAGGUAGUUUAGGGUGAUUCUAAAUGUAAAAUUGGCUAGAAGUCUAGAACAAGAUUUCAAGAUCUCAACUCUAAUAGACUUAUAUUGUUUCAAACAUGCACUUACUGAAAUUCUUCAAUUUCUGCUGUGAAAACUAAUGUAUGUUGCUGAUUGUUUCACAGCUAGAUAUACUCAUUUGGUAUUUUGCAGCAAUGGGAAUUAUACAGCGCUUCAAAGCAAUUUGUAACUUCCCACAAACCUCUCUCCCACUACCCCAUGAAAAAGAAAAGGAAAUCUUAAUCUUCUCCUAUGAAAUUGGUUUAUCAUAUCUACACAAUCCUUUAUUAAUUUGCAUUUUUUAGGGUGGACUGCUGAAAAUUGAAUAUCCAUUUUGUGGAUAUUGCUAUUAUUGAGCCAGAAUCUAAGGCUGCAUAUGCUGCCAUUGUUUUGAACUGUGAAAGAUGCUGCAGGAUGAUGCACUCUGCCUUCAUUAGUUCUUGUACAGCUACUACAGUUACCUUUUUUGGCAGGCAUGCUUGUAUAGAGUUUGUAUCAUCUGAUUUGAUCCAAUAUGUGGUUUCUUUGUUAAAUUGGAUACUGUUGAUUUCACUAUUUUUCUGAUGGGAGUUUUUCUUUAUUAUCAACUAAAGCAAUUUGUAUGGAGUAGUUCAUUCUUAGUAUAGCUUUUUAUGAGUUUUUGGUUUUAACAUGUAAGCAUCCAUUCUUACAAAAUGUUUCGCCAUUUUGAAGUUUCGAACGAGCAUCAAUCUCAUGCUAAUGCAUAAGUAUGGAACAAGUAUCCAUUAAGUAUAUAUUGGUAAGAUGUCCCUGAAAACACAAGAAAGUGAAACUUUUCAAUAGGCAUUCAACUUGUUUUAAAUCUGUGUAGUAGCUUAUCAUUAUCUUCAAUUUAUUCUUCAAAUGAAGGGAAAAGACAUGGAAGAUGUUAAGGUUUCCCUUGCAGUUACUGCAUUCUUUGCAGGUGUUAAUGGAGUCUGCUCUGUUAGGUGUGCAAGGAAAGGUCUUAUGGUGCAACCAGGUUCCCAGAAAAGAUAUGAAGGUUGAAAAUCUCGAUGUGAAUAUGAUUAGGUUAUAAUAUCAAAUUGACUAGUUAUUUUGAUAUGCAAAACAAUUCAAUCAUUUAUAUUAGUCCGUGUAAAAUGAAUUAAUGUUUAAUAUGCUCGACAUUUUCUUCAGAUUUGAUAAUGAAUGUGGGAUGGUAAAGAAAACACC